AUGAAACUCUCUCUCCUAACCAUAACCGCCCUCUCGGCCGCCACCGCCGCCGCCGGCGUCGCAACCGCCAAGACUGGUCCCAAUGUACCCGCUGCCCGUUCCGGUCUGUUGGGCGGUAAUCUCGGUGCGAAAUGGAGAAUCGCGACGAAGAACCUCGGACUGAAAGGCGGACCCAGAGGACCGUUGAGGGAGAGAGAUGUUGAUGACGAGGGUGCGGAAAUCGAUGCCGGUGAUGAUGCGUCGCUCGUUGCGGAGGAUGGCGAUGAGGCGAGUUUGACUUUUGAAGAAGAGGAUAUGGAGGAUACUACCGGAACGAGUGCCGAAGUGGAGAAGAGAGAUGUUGAUGAUGAGGGUGGGGAGAUUGAUGCUGGAGACGAUGCGCCGCUUGUGGCGGAAGAUGGCGACGCGGCGAGCUUGACUUUUGAAGAAGAGGAUAUGGAGGAUACUACCGGGACGAAUGCGGAAGUCGAGAAGCGCGAUCUCGACGCUAGUAAGGAGGUUCCACCUCAUCGCGAGCAGGGUGUGUACUAUGAGCUGAAAGACACCGGUGCCGCGGUCCUCGACGGGGUCAAAGCUGCAGUGAAGAAUGUGACUGAGACCGCUGAGACUCCCAAGGCCGAGCCUCCGACGACCGAGACUCCUCAGGCUGAGACUCCACAGGCUGAGACUGCCGAGGACGACACACCUGAAGACGCCGGUCCUGAGGCUGACGCCUCUGAGGACGAUGAAGGUGGAUUGGAGGCCCGCGAUGUCGAAGAGGAAGAGGACGAUGCCGAUUUCUGGACUCCUGAGGAGGAUGAGGGCGAAUUGACGGCUCGAGACGUUGGAGAAGACGAUGCUGAUGCCGACUUUGAUGACUACGAAGACGACUUCGAGUCUGAGGAAGAUUCUUCAAAGCUCGCAGCCCGUGAUCUUGACGAUGACGAAGAAGACGACGACGCCGAAAUUGAUAACCUCGAAGGCUACGACCAUGAACUUGUCGCUCGAAACGCCGUCGCGGAAGAUGGUGAAGAGGUCGGAUCCGAUGACGGCGUCGAUUACAGUCUCACAGGCUAUGAUCACGCAUUAGUCGCUCGCGAACUCGCCCUUGAGGACGAGCACAACUCGCUCCUCGCGCGUGAUGUCGAGGAGGAUGACAAUGAAGAAGACGAUGAGGAAGUCGAGGAUGAGGAGACUGGCGAGCCGUCUGUCGCUGCUCGUUCGGUUGACGGAUUCCCUCCUGCGCCGACACCGGGUCCCUUUGUUCACAAUCGCCAUGGACAUGGACUGCACCAUGGGAUUCAUCGGAAGUUGUUCGGAGCGAGGAAGACGAGAGGUGCUUAG